UUUCUUUUAUGACAUCAAGCAAAAUGGCCGAAGUUUGUUAGAGUGCGAAAGACGUCUUUGCGAUGAUAUUUAAUUUCGUGUUAUAGCUUUUUGUAAAUAAACAUCAGUGCAAGUGCUGUGUAUUGUGUAGUUAUCAGUGGUUGUUCAAAUUGUGAUUCCUGAAGUGUACUCGUAUUAACUGCACGUUUUUCUGGGGAGCUGUAUGACAGUGUUUUGUGUCUUGUUUUCACUCAUAAUUUCACCCUGACAUCUGUUUUGGAUUUAUGUAUACCUGAUCACGGUGAUGCUGGGCGGGGCUUCGUCGCCGGGCGGCGACGACCUGCUCACGGUAACCGUCGUCCGGGACGAGCACGGCUAUGGCAUGAAGGUGUCAGGUGACAACCCAGUGUACGUCCAGUCUGUGAAGGAGCAUGGCGCUGCGUGGCGCGCGGGGCUGCGAGCCGGCGACCGCAUCCUGCGCGUGGACACCGUCGCGGUGCACAACCACACGCAUCAGCAAGUCGUGCACAUGAUACGAGCAAACCCUACGACAGUACUGACGGUGCAGCAGAACUCAUCACGACAUAAAAAGCCAAUAACUGUCACAGCACCGUUACCAGUCAACCUGGAAAAGCAAAGACAGUUGGAGGCGUCCAAAAUAGAGACUGUCCAGAGAAUGCUGCGUCAGGAGCAAGAUUACAUUAGGCAAUUGCGGAAUGAACUAUCAAAAGUGCCGGACGUUAGAAAACAAUCUCAAGUAGAAAUGGCGGAGAAGAGGUGUGCCACACUGCAAAAUGAGAUAGACAUCAUCCGAGCCGGACAGCAGCCGGAAGCGCUCAGCGACCGCCGGCCCGCGCCCGACAAGAGCUUCCUGUCCGCCAUCCCGCGCUCGCUCAGCAACCUCACCGGGCAGAGUCUGAGGAACCUCCGCCAGAAACAGAAGCAGGAAAACCAACCGCCUUUGGUCAGGCAGAACUCCGACGAGUCCAAUAACAAAAGACGGCAUAACAACACCGUUCCGAUUGUGCCGACGACGUGUUUGGACAACGUGACGCCUCCACCCUUACCGCCGAGAUCUAUCGAACGACCGCCGAAAAGAAAUCCGCUAUCGCCUACCAUGUCCCCGGUGAAUCCUUUGGCGAAACCGUCGGGUUCACAGAAGAAUUAUUACAAGAAACCGUUUCCGAUGCACCAGUCGAUGCCGCCGUACAAAGAGGAUAAUAAAUUCAGACGGUCGUCGCAUUCGUUGGACGGGGAUUUGGACGGGCCGCAACCUAAUUCGAUAGCGUUGCAAAUGAAUUAUCCGCUCGUGAACCAACCGCCGCCGCCCUUGCAGACGGACAAUAGGACCGGAAUUCCUGUCUUGCACGUGAGGAGUAGAUCGUCUCCGGAACAGAUGGACCAUGAGUUACCUAGAUCUCCAGUGUCGGCGGCGGCGGCGGCGGCGGGCGCGGACAAGGAGGGCUGGGAGCGCGGCACGCCGCCGCCGGGCACUCCGCCCCCGCCCUACGCGCACAACACACAGCCCUGUGCCGACCCUCAGCGGGCGAUCAUCUCAAUGGAGGAAGACGAUUCACCUGCUUCUGACAACUCAACAUAUAGCGGCCUGUUUUCGAAUCUUCGCUGCGUGCGAGAAUCCAAAGCAAGGACGGCCGUGUUGCUCAAUUGGUUGUUAGGCGAAAGGAGGAGUGCGACGGCAGGUUUAGUUCUGGUUCUCACCGACGGCUACCGCGGCGCUAGCGGCGUCACCAAUGCUACUCUGAGGCGAUGGGCCUACGAGAUACAUUCCACAUUCAUCAUGCCCAAUGCUGUUUUACAGCUAAGCGGCGUGGACGAAAAUAUGGCGAAUGAAAUUGAGCAUGUUUUAGUUAAUGAAUACGACAAAGACGAACUCCUGCGCAAUGUGUUUCGCAAAGCGAGACAGAAAGCUAAAGAGGAGCUCAGUCGACAACUGAGCGAAUUCCAGGUCAAGAGGCAAGUUGGUCUGGGCAUGCUGUAUGGGCCUGAGGAUUCUGUGCUCGAGAGGUGUGACGUCGAUAAGGCUCAGGAGGUGGUAGUGGUAGAACGGCUGCUGUGCCCGCGCCUGAGCAGCCUGGCGUCCAGCGGCGCGUGCGGCGGCCACGCGGCCGACGCGCACUGCGCGCUGCUGCAGGCGCUGUAUGCGGCCGCCAUCUGUCUGCAGUGCAGGGCCGCGUCCGUUGCGUCCGCGGUGGGCAACACUCGGGCGUCGUUCCUACAAAGAGAUAAACUUUACAAGCAGAAGGUGAAACAACUGGCGAAGCAGCAUCCGCAACCUUUUAUAGUGAGAGGGCACCACUUGCAGCUGCAAGCGCUGACGUCGGUGGGCCACUGUCACCACUGCGACAACGCUAUCUGGGGGCUGGCGCCGCAGGCCUACGUCUGUACAUAUUGUAAACUAAGGGUGCACCGCGCGUGCGCGAAGCAGGUGGAAGAGGGGUGUUGUUUAGACGGCGAACAUCACAAUAAUAGGAUAUCACGGUUUAUGGAGAGGAUACACAGCAAUCAACCCAAUAGUCAAGAUGGAGGUGACAAGAAAUCGCGGAAGGCGUCGACGAAUUCGCACUUUCUCAACAUGGAACGAAGCUUUCGCAAAAUGGAAGACGAACCUUUUUGGGACCAGACUUUGACGCCUACUUCAGUACCAGGAGAAUCGAGACGAGAAGGUUCCACGGAAGAACAAACGGCGCCUGAAGCCGACGUCGACACUAGCGACGCCAACACGAAGGAUGCGCCUGAUAAGGACAACAAGCUUGGUUCGAACUGGCGAGCGGCGACACCUAGCGGGCGCGGCGUGAACCGCGCGGAGAGCUGUCGCGAGCGGGACGCGCCGCGCCGAGGCAAGCACAGGAACGCUUCCGACCCCAACCGCCUCACCGCGCACAACAACCAUCAUGUCCUCCACAGUGAUCUGGAGCCGAGCGCCGCGACCGCGCCCUCCGGCAGCUCCAGCAGCUCCAGCCUCUCCUCGCGCAGCAACGAGAGCAACACCGUGCAAGCUGACCAGCACGCUUCGCAAUCGGACUGGUCGGAGGAGGACGAGCCGCUGGCUGCGCAGUGGGCGGACAGCCUGCCACCGCACGUCCUAGACUCCAUUCUGUCUCUGUCGCACACGCAGAGGAAGCGGCAGGAGGUUAUUCACGAGCUCAUAGUCUCGGAAGGGUCGCACGUGCGCUGGCUCAAGGUACUGGGAGGAGUAUUCCUCCGCCCCCUCGAGAUCCACCCCGCGCUCCUCCCCCCCGAGGAGCUGAGGGCAUUGUUCCCCAAUCUCCCUGGAGUGAGAGAGAGGCACGCGAGGUUGUACGCUGAUCUGAAGACGAUCAGGGCUGAAGCGCCGUCACAUAUCGUGCCUAUCAGGCCGUUGGCCGAUGCUUUGUUGAAUACGCUCGGCGAAUCGGGUUACUCCGCGUGUUUGGCGCGCUUCUGCCGCGGACAGCGAAUGGCGCUGGACUCGCUGAGGGAGCGACGCCGCAAGAACAAGGAGUUGCACCAGUUCCUGGCGUCUAGGGAACAGCUGCCGUUGUGCGGGAGGUUGCAGCUGAGGGACUUGUUGGCUUGCGUGUGGCAGAGGCUAACAAAAUACCAGUUGCUGCUGGAGAGUGUGAUAAAGACAGUGGACGAGAGCGAGGGAGACAGCGCGGAGGACAUCGCGCGGCUGCGGCGCGCGCUCGACACCGCCAAGGACGUGCUGCACAGUGUGGACACCGCCAUACGGACUGCUGAGAACGAACACAGAUUGCGUACAAUACAAAACAAACUGGAAGUCCGCGUGGCCAGCAGCGGGCCGGAGUGGGAGGAGGUGAGGAGGCUGGACCUCAGCCAGCACUCGCUCCGGUACGAGGGGGAGCUCACCAUGAGGAACGACAGCAACAAGAAGAUGAGCGUGCUGGCUCUGAUGCUGGAAGAUUGUCUGGUGUUGUUACAUCGCGAAGGUGACAAGUUUAUAUUGAAGCCCAUACCGCAGCCCAGCCAGCCUGGGCUGUUGUCGCCACUUAUCAGAUGGGACAAGGUUCUAUUUCGCCCGAACGCCGCAGUCCGCAAUACAUUCUUCCUGAUGAACAUCAACGGUGUACAAAUGCACGAGCUGUCGUCCACGCCCUCUGAAUACGCCAAUUGGGUGAAGCACAUCCAAGACGCUCCACUCGCGAAGUUGGCUGAAGCCAAACCCAACAUUACGCCUUCGCACCAGCCCAGUCGCUCGACUGAUGAUUCAGGUAUCAACGUUUCCCGCAAUCCAUCGGACGCUUCAGAAAAAUCGGAAAAGUCUGAGAAAUCCAUCCCUCAUUCUGACGACAUACCUUCAGAAAGCGAGCGAGACAGACAAUCGCUGGAACGCAGCUCCAUCGAGAGGGAAAGAGACGACAAGAAAGAUGAUAAAGAGUCUGAGGUGGCGGACAGAGAGGAGAAGCAUAUCCCGCGACGGCCCACAGUGGGGCGCAUCAGCACGCACCGCAGCCCGCCGCGCCCGCUGCAGCCGCGCGCCGCCGUCACGCCGCUGCCGGCCGCGCUCCGCACCCUCACCGCGCUCACGCACCACGAACGGCUCCGUCGCCUCGACGACGGCAUUUCCAAGAUGUUGCGGGCCAAGAGCGCCGUGGUCGCGGAUAUGUUGGGAGUCCCGCCGAAUUGCUAUGCGCAAGUCUCUGAAUUAGCCGUAGCGGAUACUUUGGGACAAGUUGACGUCCGCGGUGAGCUCCGCUUGUGGCGGCAGUCGUCGCGCGGCAGCAGCGCCGACGAGGACGCUGCCGAGCCCGACCUGCACCAGCUGCUGCUGGCUGCGCACGCGCAGACGAGCCACCUGCUAGAAGGUCUAUCGAAGAUGACGAACGUGAGCGAGGCGGCCGCGGUGUCCGCGCGCAGCGGCCGUCGCGGCCGCUGCGGCCGCUGCUGCCGGCGAUACGAUGAACCACCAGAACCACUCAUGGACAAAUCCUUACAAGAAGAACCGAUCGCAGCCGAAUCGCGACACCGGCCCGAGUUGUCAACGACCAGCGCUAUGGACUUGUUGUCGGACACAUCAUUCGAUAUGUUGUCCGAUUUGGACGCCGGGGUCGAUGUCGAAGACGACGAUGAUGGACUGGAUGUAAACCUAUCGAGUGCAGAAAUGGCCGCCCGACUGUCCACAAUAGCUGGCGGCCUUACGGGCACGCUGUCGCGGCUGCUGGCCGCCGUCCCCGCGCUGGAGGCGUCGCGGCGAGCGCUGCGAAACGAACUGAGCGCUGUCCGGGAAGCGAACGAUGCGCUCAGAGCCAGAUAUAGGACUGAACACCAAAUGACGGAAGACACUGCGUUACCCAAAGCUGGCCCGGACCAGUCUAUACAGGACCAGCCGAGCAACGGGGGUUGAUCUCGCUUCUUCGACUAAAACAAUCGAAUUGACUACAGGUGACACCACACGCGUAACACGGCUGGUCCUGUGGCGCCGCCCAGCGGACGUAAACGUAACUAAAACUUCUAACAUCUCCCUUUUCUAUGUAAUCUCGUGCGACAGUGGUGCCCUCGCGUUCAAAACGAGCGACACGAUGUUCCCAAAAUCAAUUUAGCAUUUAUUUUAUUUUCUGUUUUAUUUUUCGUCAUCAGUUACAUUCGAAUAUGACUAGGAUCGCACUCGUAUCCGAACCUGUGUAUAUUUUGUAAUAAUUGUUUUAACUGUUAUAAAUUAACCCAUUAAGUACUAAAAACCUAUUACGUAGUAUUAAAAAAAAUAUAUGAUUUUUAUUCCAUAAAUAAGUCUAUGCUAUGUGAUCGAUUAAGUGGAAAAUUUACUUUAUCCUGUAAUUAUAUUAAAUAUUUUUCCAAAAUUAUGAAUUUUAAGUUAUAUGUUUUGAUAGGUGAUGUAAAUAAGUACAUGUUUUAGAUGAUAUAUAACUCGACCAUAUAUUGUAUGUUAUAUUUUUCUGUAUAAAACAUAUUGUUAUUUGAUACGAUUAUUUACUUUUUGGACGUGUUUAAGAAUAUAUUCGAUUCGGAAGUAUUACAUAUGACAAUAUAAAUUCUCAUUUGAAUAAAAAAAUGCUUUUUCAAAAAGUGACCAGAUUUUUUUGAAAUUAAAAAAUGAGAUUUAUAAUUUUUCGGAACGCUCGAUCGUGUGUUGAGAACUUUAAAAUUAUUUAUUAAAUCGGUGUUUUGUCUAAAUUAAUUUAGUUAUUUUUCGAGCGUUUCCUUGUUUUUCUAUAUUUUUCAGUUAACGCGUUAAAUGCGUUGUUGAAAUAAUUCGCUUUUUUGUGGUAGAAAUGAGGGAUAAACGUAUUUUGAUUAAAAGUUCUAUAAAAAUGUGCAUGUUUAAAUGUUAUAAUGUAUUUUGAAAACGCAGUUCACUAAACAUAAACAAUAUUGUAUGCAUUUAAAAUGUAGAAUAAUGUUUAAUCAUCGAUUAAAAAUGUAUGUUUAGUGAACUAUUAUAACACCCAGUGUAUGAUUUAAUCAGUAGUCGAACUGUAUUUCGCGCAGUUUGUAAACUCAAAACAUAUAAAGCUUGAAGAUAUUUUUUAAACUAAAUAAUAUUUUUGAAAUUAUAUUAGACAUAUAUUUUCGAUCUCACCAAUAGUAUCCGAAAUUAUUUAUUAAAAUUAUUAUACUUACACCAAAUAAAAAUCAAAAAUAUUUUGCACGUUCUAUUUUCAUUAACUUUUUUUAAAUAAAAAAGUACCCUCGUUUCUGCCUAUAGAUGUAAGUUGUAUGUACAGACACAAAGUGCCCUAACUCAGUACCUAGAUCAUGCCAUAUUUUGUGCUCAUACAUUGACUCAUACAUAAGCUGUUCAAUUUAUGUCAACAAUAUACAGCACGUUGUAGUGUUUAAUCCGUGAAACAUGAUAAGAUAAAAAUUGGUUUGAAAUACGAAACCUCAAAUACAUAACAUUUAUUUUAUUUAGACAGAAAAUCAAUAAAUGAAAUCUUAGGAUUGCCUAGCGUUUGUUACAAUGUAAAUGUUGGUUGUUGAUUUGCCAUAAAAUAUCGAAAUGUAAGGAAGAACUAAAUUUAUUUAUUCGUCGUGUGGCGAAUUAACUUGAAUACAUGUGCAAAAUAUGUUUAGACUGACAUCUUUCCCUUUUACAUGACAUACAUUUUCUCAGGGCAUAGCUUGCCCUCAGGGUAAUUACAAUAUGGAACUUAUAAAUACUUAUAAAUAAUGACUUGUUGAUUGAGGAAAAUUGACAGAAACCUCUUGUAAAAUUAUCCAUAACUUUAAUAAGAAAUUAAAAUAAAAUUGCCUUUAAGCAUGUAAAGGUAUCCAACACAUAUUGAUUUUGUUCACAUCUUAAAUAGAUUUUCGCAUUUCAUUGUUUUUAGAAUCGUGUGGCAUUAUAAUAUUAUCAUACACGCACAUGAAGAAUUAAAUUAUAUUUUAUCAUUCCACAACACAUACAACGUCCUGUACAGACCAUAUAACGUGUCACAUUUUGGAUAGCUUGUGAUCUAAAUAGUUCUGUGUACCUUUAUAUGUAAUAUAGAUUAACGCCAUUGUCAUAGCCACGUUUUAUAUAAAUAUAUACAUGCAAAUAUACAAAUAUAUAUUUAAUAUGUUUUAUACCGUAGGCUAGGUGUAGACCAAAAUAAACCCAUCCAUUUUUCCCUUUUAUAUAUGUAUCAUUGAGCUUCGAAUUUGGUAUUUGAUGGAUAAUGUAAGAACAAUUUAACGCUUAGGGUAUAGUUAUAAAAAUCGUAUAGUUUGGAUCUCUUUUUUUUGUACAUCAUUCGGCUUUUUAUACGAAUUUGAAAAAAUGCAUCAAAUUAUUUUCAAAAAUAUGUUACAACAAUAACUAUAACGAAGUGGUUCUGGUUCAGUAACUAUGUCCUAGCCAAUAACUAUGAUAAAGAAUAUUCUACUAAUCAUAGGGAUCUAAGCAUGAGGUCCAUUGGAGCCUGUGUCACCCCGAGCCCUCUCCAUCGCUUCCUGUUCGCUUUAACACUGCAUAUGACAAAUAUUGUAAUAAAUAGUUAGUGGUAUAAAUAAAAUACCGUUAUACAAAUGUG